AUGGAGCCAUUAUGGAAGCUAGUCUAUUUACUAGAACCCUCCUCAAUCACUCUUUUCCUAACUGCUGUAUUAGUUUCAUACGCCUCGGCCUCUCGAGCCCUAAACUAUGGGAAGGAAAUGGAAAGAAACCGUGACCUUUCGGAAGCUUCCAUCACCUUAGACCGUUCGCAGGCACUAAUGAUUCCCAUAAUGAGCUCUUUCAGCUUGCUUCUCAUGUUCUACCUAUUCCCUUCUGUCUCUCAGCUCCUCACAGCCUUCACAGCAGUUGCCUCGACAUCAGCUCUGUACUUUUGCCUCUCACCGUAUGUGGCUCAAAUCAGGUCCAGAUUCGGGCUGCCUGACCCUUAUCUGUCACGGUGCUGCACAAAAUCGGUCACGAGAAGCCAAACACUUUUACUCGUUACAUGCAUUGGAUUUGUGGUGUCAUGGCUGGUGACAGGUCAUUGGAUAUUGAACAAUUUGUUGGGUAUUUCCCUUUGUGUGGCUUUUGUGAGCCAUGUUCGGUUGCCGAAUAUCAAAAUUUGCGCCAUGCUGCUUUUUUGUCUGUUUUUAUACGAUAUAUUUUGGGUUUUUUAUUCGGAGAGGUUUUUCGGGGAGAAUGUGAUGGUCUCGGUUGCAACCCAACAAGCGUCUAAUCCUGUUCAUACGGUGGCAGAUAGCUUGAGCCUUCCUGGAUUGGGGAUGAUUACGAAAAAGCUCGAGCUUCCGGUUAAGAUUGUUUUUCCUAGGAAUAUGUUGGGAGGUGGGGUCCCAGCGAACAAUGUUUCGGACUAUAUGAUGCUUGGCCUUGGUGACAUGGUGAGAUAUGUUGAUAUGAUUUNGGCACGCAUGCUACAUUUUAUCUACAGAGAUGCCUUAGUUGAAGAUGACCUGAUAGCAUCCAGCUGUUGUUCAUCUCCUUUGAUUAGUGACACAUUGACUGUGACGUUACUUGCAGCAGCUGAUCGUUAA